UCCCACACGUUGCUGGAUGUAUUCGGUUGAGUGGCAAAAGCGAAGAUUACCUCAUGCACACAUUUUGGUUUGGUUCAUCGACAAAAUCCGUCCUGAAGAAAUCGAUAGUAUCAUUUCUGCGGAAAUUCCAGAUCCAUCCACUGACCAACUGCUGUUUGAUAUUGUUACAACAAACAUGAUUCAUGGUCCAUGUGGUACUCUUAAUAGUUCAUCGCCUUGCAUGGCUGAUGGAAAAUGUACUAAAAAUUUCCCUAAAGAUUUUACCAAUGAUACGGUCACAAAUGUCGACGGAUACCCAAUAUAUCGUCGAAGAAAUCCUGAAAAUGGCGGACAGUCAUUUAUUAAAAAUAUCAUCAACACAGACAUUGAUAUUGACAAUCGUUGGGUGGUGCCAUAUUCGCCUCUGCUGAGCAAGACAUAUAAUGCUCAUAUUAAUGUUGAGUUCUGCAGUUCUGUGAAGAGCAUCAAAUACAUUUGCAAGUAUGUCCAUAAAGGCAGUGAUAUGGCUGUGUUUAGAGUGGAAAAUACUAAUGUGAAUGCUCCUCCAGUGAAUAAAAACGAUGAAAUAACGCUCUACCAAAUUGGUCGGUACAUCAGCUCCAAUGAAGCUGCUUGGCGUAUCUUUGGUUUUCCAAUUCAUGAACGGGAUCCAGCAGUUGUUCAGUUAGCCAUCCAUCUUGAAAACGGUCAGCGUGUAUUUUUCACGAACGAGACAGCGAUUGAUCGUGCAAUAAAUCCACCUAAAACUACACUCACUGCAUUUUUUGAAUUGUGUAAUCGUGCGGAUGAUUUCGGUGCCUUUGCACGAACAUUACUCUAUUCACAAGUACCACGCUAUUUCACAUGGACUCAAACAAAAACAUGGAUGCCCCGCAAGCAAGGCUCACCAGUUGCUGCAUGUCUCAAUUUAUUUAAAUCAAACGCCUUGGGGCGAUUAUUUACAGUCAAUCCAAGACACACGGAGUGCUUUUAUCUUCGACUGUUGUUGGUUAAUGUUACUGGCCCAUUAUCAUUUCAAGAUAUACGUAAAGUGAAUGGGCAACAAUAUCCAACGUAUAAAGAUGCAUGCCUUGCACUCGGCUUGCUGGAAGACGACAACCAGUGGGAAUGCAUGCUUGCUGAAGCUGCAUUGAACUGUACAGCAAUACAAAUUCGUCUACUAUUCGCUAUAGUGUUGACUACAUGUUUCCCAGCCCGAGCACAGAUAUUAUGGGAAAAUCACAAAGAUUCAAUGACUGAUGAUAUAUUGCAUCAACAUCGUAUACGGUGCCACGAUCUAACUAUAACAUUCAGCGACGAAAUGUACAAUGAAGCAUUGAUUGCUAUUGAGGAUCUUUGCAUUGUCAUUGCCAACUUACCACUUAGUAAUUUCGGUAUGAAUUCGCCAAAUCGAACUGCAUCUGAUUUAAUGAAUACUGAAAUGAAUCGUGAACUGCAGUACAGUACUGUAGAAAUGGCAGCGAUUGUUGCCCGCAAUGUCCCACUAAUGAAUGAGGAACAAAGAACCAUUUAUGAUCGCAUUAUGCUCGCAGUUUCAGCUGGACAAGGUGGGUUCUUCUUUUUGGAUGCACCGGGUGGAACUGGCAAAACAUUCGUUAUUUCGCUAAUUCUUGCUGAAAUACGAUCAAAUAAUGGCAUCGCAUUGGCCGUUGCAUCAUCGGGCAUUGCAGCAACUUUAUUGGAUGGAGGUAGAACAGCUCAUUCAGUAUUUAAGCUGCCACUAAAUAUUCAGAAUAACCCUGACGCAGUAUGCAACAUUAAGAAACAAUCGUCCAUGGCCACUGUGCUGAAACGGUGUAAAAUUAUUAUUUGGGAUGAAUGUACUAUGGCACACAAACAUUCACUUGAGGCGUUGAACAGGACAUUGAAAGAUAUUAAAAACAGUGACAAACUAUUUGGCGGAACUCUGUUGGUCCUUUCAGGUGAUUUCAGACAAAUACUUCCAGUCAUUCCACGUUCAACAUACGCUGAUGAGAUCAACGCUUGCUUAAAAUCAUCUCCAUUGUGGCGUAAUGUUGAAAAAUUACAGCUAAAAAUAAAUAUGCGCGUUCAAAUGCUUCAAGAUCCAUCCGCUGAAACAUUUUCAAAACAACUCUUAGAUAUCGGUGAUGGAAAAGUUGCUAUAGAUGAAACUGGAUACGUAAAAUUACCGACCGAUUUCUGCACAAUCGCUGAUUCGCAAGAUACUCUCAUUGAACAAAUAUUUCCCGAUGUACACACACAGUACAUAAAUCAUGAGUGGCUUGCAGAAAGAGCGAUUUUAGCGGCAAAAAAUGUAGACGUUGACAAUUUAAAUCUGAAGAUACAAAUGUUGUUGCCAGGGAACUUGGUAUCAUAUAAAUCUAUUGAUACAGUUUGCGACGACAGCGAAGCAGUAAAUUUUCCCACAGAGUUUUUGAACUCACUGGAUUUGCCAGGCAUGCCACCGCAUAAUUUACAAUUAAAGGUUGGAUCUCCAAUUAUCUUGCUUCGUAAUUUGAACCCGCCCCGGCUGUGCAACGGUACGCGAUUAGUCAUUCAAAAAUUAAUGAAAAACGUGAUCGAAGCCAGGAUUUUAAAUGGCAAGUUCAGAGGUGAAAAUAUACUCAUACCACGGAUUCCUAUUAUACCUACAGAUGUGCCAAUUCAAUUCAAACGUAUUCAGUUUCCGAUUAGAUUGGCAUUUGCAAUGACUAUCAACAAAUCCCAAAGUCAAACGAUGUUUGUUUGUGGAUUAGAUUUGAGAACACCAUGUUUUUCACACGGACAAUUAUACGUGGCAUGCUCUCGAGUGGGUAAACCAUCCAGUUUGUUUGUGUUAGCUAAAGAUGGACUAACAAAAAAUAUUGUUCACGCUAUAGCAUUAAGAGAUUGAUAUUGUUUAAUAGUGUUACUGUCGUAAUUGUUUAAUUAAUGAUAUAUAAUUUUAAGGAAUAAAUUAUAAUAACUUAAAAAUAAUGUUUGCCUUUUGUUAUUUUUAUAUUCCCUCAUCGUUCACAGCGCUCCAUGCUUAUUUCACGCAUAUACCACAUUCUUACAUACAUACAAUAUACACAUUCUAACAUACAUACAUACUUACAAUAA